AUGACUAGGGACAUUAAAAAUCAUUUACUUUUCGAAGUGGCCACGGAAGUGGCACACAAGGUUGGAGGGAUCUAUUCGGUGUUGAAAUCGAAGGCCCCUAUUACCGUUGCUGAGUAUAGGGAACGGUAUACGUUGAUAGGGCCAUUGAAUUAUAAUUCAGCUCAGAUUGAGGUGGAGGAGUUGCCAGUAAAGGAUCCGUUGAUCUUGAAGGCUUUGGAUUCAAUGAGUGAGAGGGGGAUCAGAUGGUUAUACGGGCGUUGGUUGAUUGAAGGGGCACCUAGAGUGUUAUUGUUCGAUAUCCAUUCGGCAGGACACCAUCUUAAUGAGUGGAAAGCAGACUUGUGGAAUAUUGCGGGUAUUCCAACCCCAGAGCACGAUCAAGAAAGUAGCGAGGCUAUUUUAUUGGGAUACUUAGUUGCAUGGUUUUUGGGUGAGUUGGUGUACCAUGAUCGUGAAAGAGCUGUUAUUUGUCAUUGUCACGAAUGGUUGGCCGGGAUUGCAUUGCCAUUGUGCCGUAAGAGAAGAAUUGAUGUCACUACAGUUUUCACUACUCAUGCCACUUUGCUCGGAAGAUAUUUGUGUGCUGGGUCCACUGAUUUCUAUAACAACUUAGCCAAUUUUGAUGUGGACGCUGAAGCAGGAAAGAGAGGUAUUUACCAUCGUUAUUGUAUUGAGAGGUCUGCUACACACUCGGCAGAUGUUUUCACCACCGUUUCUCAUAUCACUGCUUUUGAAGCUGAACAUUUAUUGAAAAGAAAGCCUGAUGGUGUCUUGCCAAAUGGUUUGAAUGUGGUCAAGUUCCAAGCAGUCCAUGAAUUCCAAAACUUGCAUGCGUUGAAGAAGGAAAAAAUCAAUGAGUUCGUUAAAGGUCACUUUUACGGAAAUUAUGAUUUCGAUUUGGAUAAUACUUUAUACUUCUUUAUUGCCGGUAGAUACGAAUUUAGAAAUAAGGGCUGUGACUUUUUCGUUGAAUCAUUGGCUAGAUUAAAUCAUAGAUUGAAGGAGGCUGGAUCGAAAAUGACCAUCGUUGCCUUCAUUAUUAUGCCUGGUAAAACUAACUCAUAUACUGUUGAAACCUUGAAGGGUCAAGCUGUUAUCAAGCAAUUGGAAGGCACCAUUGAGGAGGUCCAAAAGAAGGUCGGUGAAAGAUUAUUUGAGCAUUGCGCUAGAUUUCCAAAUAAUCACUCAACCACAACCGCCAAUGGAAAUGAAGUUCCAUCCAUUGAUGAUUUGAUUAAACCGGCCGAUAGGGUUUUACUAAAGAGAAGAAUCUUUGCUUUGAAGAGAGAUGGUUUACCACCAAUUGUCACCCAUAACAUGACUGACGAUUCCACAGAUCCUGUAUUGAACCAUAUUAGAAGGGUUGAAUUAUUUAACAAGCCGGAUGAUAGAGUUAAGAUCAUUUUCCAUCCUGAAUUCUUAAAUGCUAAUAACCCUAUUUUGUCGUUAGAUUACGACGAAUUUGUCAGAGGUUGUCAUUUGGGUGUUUUCCCAUCCUAUUACGAACCUUGGGGUUACACACCUGCCGAAUGUACUGUUAUGGGUGUUCCAUCUAUCACCACUAACUUGUCAGGGUUCGGUUGUUAUAUGGAGGACCUCAUUGAAAAUACUUCGGACUAUGGUAUUUACAUCGUUGACAGAAGAAUGAAAGCGGUCGAUGAGUCCAUCAACCAGUUGACUGACUAUAUGUUCGACUUUGCUGAAAAGACAAGAAGACAAAGAAUCAACCAAAGAAAUAGAACUGAAAGAUUAUCAGAUUUAUUAGACUGGAAGAGAAUGGGCUUGGAGUACAUCAAGGCCAGACAGCUAUCGUUGAAAAGAGCUUAUCCUGAUAAGUUUAAGAAUGGUGCUAACCCUUUCAACAAUACUUCCAACUUAAAAUUAACUAGACCAUUAUCUGUUCCUGGUUCCCCAAGAAGUAAGGUUGGCCUAAUGACUCCUGGUGACUUGGGCUCAUUACAAGAGGCUCAUCAAUCGUUAAAUACGGACGACUAUAUUGGAUUCAAAUUGGGAGAGAACGAAGACGAUGAUGCCACCGAAGAUGCUAAUGUCUAUCCAUUAACAUUAAGAGGUAAUUCAGUUCCACCUACUGAUGACGCAACUUGA